AAACGUACGUUGGUUGCUCUUGUUCUGAUUAGGUAUGUAUCAUUUGUUGUGGACCAAAAAUUGAGAGCGAAAUGAGUGUAUAUCCUGGAUUUGGUGGCUGGAUCAAUCAAAACAUUCAACAGCCUCCUCAGGCCGAGUACAAGAGAUCUGAGAAUGUUACAUCUAAUUCAAUGUCUGAGAAAGAUACAAAUCUAAAGCCAUGGUAUGAUGAACCUGGUAAGACCGAGUCCAUGGAACCUGGGCAUCCUAGAUCUAAGGCACUGUAUGUGGUGGAUCCUAAAUAUUAUGACUUAGAAGAAGUAAAGAGGCAAGUAGAACUUUGGAUAGUUGCAAAGAAUAAGCUUCCAUGGUAUGAUGCUCCUGCUAAAGUGAAGGUGAGAACAAAAAAGGGUCUUUGCCAUAUGAACAUAGAAUUCAUAUUGGGAUGGCCUCCUCAAGCAGUCUAUGAAAUGCUCACUAACCCAAGAAAUUUACCAUACUUCAGAGAGGAUGAGACCGGGCAACUUCUGGAAAAUAAAUCAACAAAGGUUUUGAAGAAGGAUGGACCGAGGCAGAUCACGGAUGUAGAGAAAGAUUUAAGAUGGAAGCUCCUUUGUUGGUCUGGAGCUAUCCCGAUACAUCUCAUUAUCGAUGAAAACCAUCAAAAUCUUACAGCAAAAUAUAUGAAAAAGAAAAUGAAGUGCAUGAAAGUAUUCGAGGGUAGCUGGAAAGUGAAACCACUAUACGCAGAUCAGGAGCGCUUUUGCAAGUCUAGAUCGGUGAAUAGUCAAGAAGAGUACAAAAAAUGUAGCGGCGGACGAGGAAGAAUUGCAUCAAAGGUGACAAUGGAGCUUAUCUUCCAGCCUUCUUCUCUUCUUAAUCUGCCACCGGUUUCUUGGAUCAUCCGUGGUAUCACCAUCAAAAUCACCAAAAUGUUGCUUGAAGAUCUUAGAAAAUAUGCCGAGUCCAAGAAAUCUGAGAAUAAUAGAUCUAAGUCAGUGUCAGAUAUGAAUUCUAAUAAUGUCGACGAUGAGGAGAUGGAGGAAGGAAAACUUUGGAGAGAUGCAGAGAAGAAGCAUCCAUGGUAUGAUGCCCCUCCUAAAGUGAAGGUGACAACAAAAAAGGGUCUUUGCCAUAUGUACGUAGAAAUGACAUUUGGAUUGCCUCCAAGAUCAGUCUACGAGCUUUUCACUAAUCCAAACAACUUACCACUCUUCAGUGACAAGUCUUGGCGCCAACUUCUGGUAAACAAAAGAAGAAAGGUUUUGAAGAGGGAUGGGCCGAGGCAGAUAGUGGAGGUAGAGAAAGUUGUGGCCUGGGAUUUCCUGUGGUGGUCUGGAGGUAUGCCGAUAAAUCUAAUUGCCGAUGAAAAUGAGAAAGAUCUUACAGGAAAAUAUAAGAAACAAAAAAUGAAGUUCAUGAAAGUGUUCGAGGGUAGCUAUAAAGUGGAGCCAAUUUAUGUAGAUUCCGAACGCUUGUGCAAGAACAAGGAGCCAAAGAGUCCAGAAGAAUACAAAAAAUGUAGUGGUGGACAAGGAAAGAUUGCAUCGAAAGUGACAAUGGACCAAUACUUUCAGCCAUAUCUUCUUUUUAAUUUGCCGCCGCUUUCUUGGUACAUUCGUAGGACCACCGUCAAGACCACCACGACUCUGCUCAAAAUGCUUCAAGAUAUGGGUGCCAAGAUGCGAGCUGAUCCUAAGAGCUCUAAAAAUGUUGAAUCUAAGUCAGAGAUGGAUAAUGGUCCUGCGAAGAUGAAGAGAUAUUAUGACGAAAAUGAGUGGGAGAGGCAAGAUAAACUUUGGACAGCUGCAGAGAAGAAGCAUCCAUGGAAAGAUGCCCCUCCUAAGGUUAAGGUGACAACAAAAAAGGGUAUUUGCCAUAUGCACAUAGAAUUGACAUUGGGGUUGCAUCCUGAUGGAGUCUUCGAACUUUUCACUAAUCCACAUAACGGACCAAACACCGAACCCGUUCUGAAAAGCAAAUCAAGAAAGGUUUUGAAGGAGGAUGGACCGAGGCAGAUCGCUAAGGUGGAGAAAGUUUUGGCCUGGAACUUCAGUGGGAGGUCUUUUUCCGUCCCCAUAAGUAUAACUGUCGAUGAAAACCGAAAAGAUCUUACAAAAGAGAAAAUGAUGUUGAUGAAAGUGUUCAAGGGUAGCUAUAAAGUGGAGCCACUAUAUGUAGAUUCAGUACGGUUAUGCAAGAACAAGGAGCCGACGAGUGUAGAAGAAUACAGAAAAUGUAGCGGCGGACAAGGAAAGAUUGCAUCGAAAGUGACAAUGGACCAAUACUUUCAGCUAUAUCCUCCUUUUAAUCUGCCGCCACUAUCUUGGUUCAUUCGUGAUAUCACCAUAAAGAAUACCAAAAAUGUGCUAGACAGACUUCAACUUUGGAGUUUCAGUAUUCGAAAUCCAGGUAAUAAUGAACAGCCUCGUAAGGCCAAGCCCAAAAAAACUGAAAAUGUUGAAUCUAAGUCAGAGCCAGAAAUGGAUACUAAUGAUGACUAUGAUAAGAUGAAAAAAUAUUAUGACGAAGAAGAGAUGAAGAAACAAGAUCAACUUUGGAUAGAUGCAGAGAAGAAACAUCCAUGGAAUGAUGCCCCUCCAAAGGUGAAGGAGACAACAAAAAAUGGUCUUUGUCAUAUGAACAUAGAAUUGACAUUGGGAUUUCCUCCAGAUAAAGUCUUCGGAUUUUUUACUGAUCCAUCUAAUGGACCAUUUUUUCUCUCCCCACCUCUGGAAAACAGAUCAAGAAAGGUUUUGAUGGAGGAUGGACCGAGGCAGGUCGCGAAGGUAAAGAAAACCGUGGACUGGAAAUUCCUUGGGUCGUCUUUUGCUGUCCCCAUAAGUGUAAUUGUCGAUGAAAACAGAAAAGAUCUUACUGCAAAAUAUAAGAAAAAGAAAAUGAUCUUAAUGAAAGUGUUCGAAGGUAGCUAUAAAGUGGAGCCACUGUACGUAGAUUCAGAAAGCUUGUGCAAUAAUAUGGAGCCGAAGAGUCCGGAAGAAUACAAAAGAUGUAGCGGCGGACAAGGAAGGAUUGCAUCAAAGGUGACAAUGAAUCAAUACUUUAAGCCAUAUCCUCCUUUUAAUCUGCCGCCACUAUCUUGAAACAAAAUGGGUGGAUCUGAAAUUUCAAGAUCAGAGGAGAAGAGCGGUAUAGGUUUCGUUAAAUUGUUUGAAAACAAUGUUGUGUUUCCUGGAUUUUUGGUAUGGAUGAAUCAAACAAUUCAAGAGCCUAUUAAGGCUGAGUUCAAGAGAUUAAGGAAUGUUAAAGAGCUAAGCUUGGUUAAGUCGGUGUCAAAGAUAGAGACUAUUUAUGAUGAGCAUAGAGAUGAGGAGAAGUUAGAGAAGCAAUUACAAGCUUGGAGAGAUAAUCCUUCAUGGAUAGAUCAACCUCCUAAAGUGGUGGUGAAAUCACAAAAUGGUUUGUUUUGUCAUCUUAACGUUGAAGCAGACGUAGGAUUGCCUCCUGAAUUAGUCUACAACAUUUUCACUCAUCCAGACAACAAAAGAUACUUCAAAAACAUCAAGGAAAACAUAUCGAGAAAAGUUUUGAUCAGCGAAGGGCUAAAGCAGACCGUGGAGGUGAAGCAAGCCGCGGCCUGGAAGUUCCUUUGGUGGGCUGGAACUUGCCCUAUACAUCUCAUUGUCGAAGAAAACCGGAAAAAUCUCACUUCAAUAUAUAAGCAAGAGACAACAAUGUUCAUGAAAGUAUUUGAGGGUUGUUGGAAAGUUGAACCAUUAUUUAUAGACGAACAUUUGUGUGAGCGCUCAAAGCCAAAAUCUCAAGAAGAAUACCACAGCUGUAGCAACGGACGAGGAAGGAUCGGAUCGAAGGUGACAAUGGAUCAGAUGUUUCAGCCUUCUGCUCUUCUUACUCCACCGCCACUUUCUUGGUACAUACGUGGGAUCACCAUUAAAACCACAGAGAGUAUGAUCGAAGAUCUUUUCGCUGAAGCUACUAGACUUCGGGGAGGAAAAGGAGGAGGCUAUAUUGCUGAUCAAGAAGAAAACGUUGUAUUCGAGAAGAGCAAAGCUGAUGACAUUAAGGAAAGAUGGAGAUCGCAUAGGAGAACUAAGCGGAGGAGAUGUACUAAUCCUAAGACAAUGUAGUUAAAGAGAUUGUGAUUUUGGAAUUUCUUGAUUGUUCUGGAAAUUUGUAACUUUCAAGCUCUUUACAAGUUUCCCAAAAGGAAUCCUCUGUUUUUACCACUAACAGAAACUAUGGAAAAAAAAAUGCUUUAAGACUCUCAUAUAGUUCCUUCCACAUAUGAUUUGAAGCUUGUCUAUAUACGUGUGUGAUCUUCUUAUGAUUUUUUUCUUGUCAUCUUUCACACGUGUGGACUUCUCUGCAAGUAAUAGAAGAAGAAAGAAAAGGUCAAUAAUAUU